AAAGCAAUUAACAGUCUCUUCCGAACUCAUCAGAAUCCUUAAGUACGCGUGCUGACGUAACAGGAAUAAUCUGUCACCUUCAUCAAGAGAAGUUGCUACCUGUAAAAGACUAACACUGGAAAUGGACGACUCUGGUAAAGAGUGGAGAUAUCUAGGGACAAAGGAAGAAUUGGCCAAAAAGAAAUGUCAGAGGUUGUAUUCCACUGGCGGGAAAGUUUACGAUUUGGCGCUUUUUUAUCACGAGGGAAAGUUUUAUGCCAUGGAGGCUUGGUGUUCACAUUUAGGUGGUCCACUGUUCAGCGGAGAAAUUGAAGAUUACAAAGGAAGAUGCCACAUCAUGUGUCCUUGGCACGGGUACAUGUUUGAUCUCCAGGACGGAACGAAUGAAAUAGGACUUAGGCAAGAGGUACACGAGGUCAAGACAGAAGACGACAAAGUCUACGUUUUAUACAAAACAGAGCUGAGCCUAAGUGCUAAGUAAAGCAUUAGAUGGAUGGUCUUCGCCAGUGUAUAACAAGCUGUCAGGAAUUCUCAUCAACUGAUUACAGCCCGC